UCUCCUCCUCGUCGUCUUCUCACCAGAAUGCUUUACUUCCAGAUGGUGAUCAUGGCAGGGACUGUGAUGCUGGCGUAUUACUUCGAGUACACCGACACCUUCACGGUCAACGUGCAGGGCUUCUUCUGCUACGAGAGCGCCUAUCGCAAGCCUUACCCGGGCCCGGAGGAGAGCAGCGCGGUGCCCCCCGUGCUCCUCUACUCGCUGGCGGCGGGGGUGCCCGUUUUGGUGAUCAUUGUUGGAGAAACGGCAGUGUUUUGCUUGCAGAUGGCCACACGGGAUUUUGAAAACCAAGAAAAAACAAUAUUGACUGGUGACUGUUGCUACAUAAACCCACUGGUGCGCAGGACUGUCAGAUUCCUUGGCAUUUAUGCAUUUGGACUUUUUGCAACGGAUAUCUUUGUAAAUGCUGGACAAGUAGUAACUGGGAAUCUUGCGCCGCACUUCCUUGCACUUUGCAAGCCAAACUACACUGCUCUUGGGUGCCAGCAGUUCACGCAGUUCAUCAGUGGUGCCGAGGCUUGCUCCGGAAACCCGGAUCUUAUCAUAAAAGCCAGAAAAACAUUUCCAUCCAAAGAAGCAGCUCUGAGUGUAUAUGCAGCAACAUAUCUGGCCAUGUAUAUCACCAACACGAUAAAAGCCAGGGGAACGAGGCUGGCGAAACCAGUCCUUUGCUUGAGCUUAAUGUGUAUGGCAUUUCUUACUGGUCUCAACAGAGUGGCAGAAUAUCGAAACCAUUGGUCGGACGUGAUAGCAGGAUUUCUAGUGGGUGUAUCUAUAGCAGUGUUUUUGGUUGUGUGUGUGGUAAAUAAUUUUAGAGGUAGACAACCAGAAAAUGAACAUUCGCACAUGGACAAUCUGGCUCAAAUGCCUAUGAUCAGCAUCCCCCGGGUAGAAAGUCCUUUAGAAAAGAACCACAUCACGGCCUUUGCAGAAGUCACAUGA